AUGGAAGGACAACGCGGUCAAGCAAUCAACAAAGAAAUAAAGUGGCUUGCUCGUGGUCCAUUGAAUAAUGUACAACGAUAUUCAGGUUACCUUGUUAAACGAUACCAAUUUCACACAAUGAAACGUGAGAAAUUUUUAAAAACUCAGAAUAGUGGAGUAGUUGUAACUGUACAUGGUGCAAGUUAUGCAAGUAGUCGAAGUCCUAUAGAAGGUGUGGUUAACUAUUAUGGUAAAUUGAAUCACAUUAUUGAGUUAAACUACUCUGGUUUCAUAAGAGUAGUUUUAUUCAAAUGUGAUUGGGUUGACAUCAAUAGGGGUUGCAAGAAAGACGAUAGUGUAACAUUGAUGAAUUUCUCAUACAAGGCUUAUACUGGUACUAAUUUAAUGGAUGAUCCAUUUAUUUUGGCAUCACAAGCUGACACAGUGUUUUAUGGCAUUGAUCCUAAGCAUAAAUAUUGGGAGGUUGUGAGACAUGUAAAAGUGAGAGAUUUAUUUGGCAUGGGAGGAGAUGAUGCUCAAGUUGUUGGAAAUCCGUACAAUGACACAUUUGACGUACCUAAUAUGAAUAGAAUUAGAGAUGAGGGUGAUGAUGGCAUGGACGUUACACCAGAAAUGGUAGCACAAAUGGUAGAUCAAGACGUAGAUAGCAAAGAAUUUGAGGAUGACUAG